AGCUGAAUUGCUUUCACGCGCUUCUUUCAGUUCAUGACGAGUGUACAAUCAAACAGUUAUAGCAGAUCUCGCACCUUUGUCCAAGCCUGCACAGCCUCUAUCCAGCCUGCUACGGAAUAGAACUGCUUAACUCCAUCCGAGUCGGAAUUAUCGGUCUUUGGCGUCGCCUCAACCAUUUCCGUUCUUUUCCUCCACCUGUCAUCAACCGCCCCCUGGCCAAUUUACCUAUAUCUCUGGCAAGCUCCGUCUUCUACUUCAUCCUGGCAUAUACCCGCGAGUGACAGAGCAAAUUCCUCUGUCACUCCGUCCCUCCGUGCGACAAGGUGUAUACCGCGCGACUCUCUUGCCUUCCCCUCCAGGCCUCCACAUUGCGAUCCUGGACUCCCCGCAAUUCCCCUCGUAAUUCCUCCUCAACUGCCCCCGUCACACCCGGGAGAUCGACAUCCACUAUGGCGUCUGAACAAAUCGACUCGUCGAAAAACGAGUACAAGGAGUCCGGUUCCCAACGAAGGGACGGCACUCCCCACGCUGCUCUCGGAGCGAGCGCAACCCCAUCACCCUCCGGCUGGUUUCCUUUGGGCUACCGGGAGGGCUUCAGCCAAUGGUGGGCAUCAUUACCGGCUGCCACCACCGAGCACAAAGUCCUUUCCUACCUACCUUAUAUGCAACAUCAACCCCCGACACACCUCCAAACCGGAAAGACUAGCACACUCCCCAACGGCGGAUCAGGGAGUCUCCAAUCCGCGGAUCAUAGCGAAGAGGGCGAUGUCACGAUCAAUUCCACCAACGACCCGUAUGGCCCGCGACGAUGGCGAUCAAGCAUGGUGGAACUCAGCGGCAAGAACCGGGCCUUGAAUGAGUUUUCUGUGGAGCGCGUGGGUGAGGAGGUGGACCAACACCUGGUUAUGGUUCAUGGCUAUGGAGCCGGUCUGGGAUUCUUCUAUAAGAAUUUCGAACCACUCAGCCGACUGAAAGGCUGGCAGCUUCACGCGCUGGAUUUACUAGGCAUGGGCCGCAGUACACGCCCACCAUUCCGCAUCAAAGCCAAGGAGCGUGAAGAGGCCAUCAAAGAAGCAGAGGCGUGGUUUGUGGACGCCUUAGAAGAAUGGCGCGUGAAGCGCAAGAUUGACCGCUUCACUCUCAUGGGGCACAGCCUUGGAGGCUACAUGGCAGUGGCAUACGCUCUCAAGUACCCCGGCCGUCUCAAUAAAUUGAUCCUCGCCUCUCCCGUGGGCAUCCCCGAAGAUCCCUAUGCGGUAAAUGCAGAGAUGCCUAAGUCGUCCACCGUGUCGAAUGAGCUCACGCAAAAUCAACGCGCCAUCGCCGAAUCAGCCUCCUCGGUCGCGCCUGGGGAAAUUCAGAAAGGAGACAACAACAUCCUCCUCAGGGGUGCCCCCACCGAUUCUCCAGAUCGCCCCCCUCGCCGCAUGGUCCCUAAGUGGUUCGCCUACCUCUGGGAUGCCAACAUCUCGCCCUUCAGUCUCGUACGGUGGGCGGGACCUCUAGGUCCGCGCCUGGUGUCCGGAUGGACAUCUCGCCGCUUCUCGCAUCUACCAGCAGACGAAGCCAAGGCGUUGCACGACUACUCUUACUCGAUUUUCAGCCUCCGCGGCAGCGGCGAAUACGCCCUCUCCUAUAUCCUGGCGCCCGGUGCCUUCGCUCGCAGCCCGCUGAUCCGUCGCAUCCAGGGCGUCGGGCGGCAGUACAUCGAACAAAACCCCUCCCCCACCUCCACUCUGCUGGACUCCGUCAAGACAACAACAUCCGAAUCCCUGGCCCCCUCUUCCUCAUCACCACAACAACAACAACAACAACAACCUCCGUCAGCCAAGCGCGAAAACGGCCUCCCCGUGGUAUUCAUGUACGGCGACCACGACUGGAUGGACGUGAAAGGCGGCAUCGCCGCCAAAGCCAAGUUAGACGAAGAGAAGGAGCGUAUCCUUAAAGACGCGACGCCGGAAGAGCGCGCCGCGGACAACGGUUCCGCCAAGGUGGUGAUCAUCAAGCGCUCCGGGCACCACAUCUACCUCGAUGGGUGGGAGGAGUUCAACCGGGUGGUCUUGGCUGAGAUGGAAGAGGUCGAACGCAAGGAACGGGCGAGGAAAGAGUAAGGGUUCAAGCCGAGUCGUCUCUCGCUCUUUCCAGCUUUCUACGUCAAUCUUUUUCUGGUGGGAGCAGCCACGCGGCAUUCUUUCAAGGGUGUUGUGGUUGUUUUUCUCUCUCCAUUGUAGCGGGGAGUUUUGUCUUGUUUUCUUGCCGGAAGCGUUGUUGAUGUUUGCUGUGCCCGUUCAUAUACUAUAUAUACUACCACAUUACACAAUGUCUAUGAUCUCAAG